UUUACUGUAGUCCUUUCUAGUACGAAUCAACACUCAUCCCUAUUGAAUUUCCGUAAACAUCCUUUUUAACCAACUUCCCUCCCAAAAAAAAACUUACGUCUCGGUAUCGUUAUCGUUUUUCCUUAUAACGUGGCGUCCGAAAACAGCAUCAGAACGCAGAACAGCAAGGUACACCCGAGUCCGGGGGCCGCCCGAAGUGUCUGGGCGCUACCCCUGACUGCCUCAUGUAAUAUGGUGGCUGAAGAGGAAAGUGCCGCACAUACCGAUCAAGAAGUUGACCGUUUGCCCAUACAAGAGCAGCGUGAUAACAGCAUCCUCUCCGAAAAUCUUGAAGUCAUGGCGAAUGUCGAGGAUAUUUUUGAUACAAUAAAGAAUGGUGAAGUUGCCGAUGUGGAGAACAUGGUGGAGAAGUUUGGUUUGGAAUCGUUGGCAGCCCGUGAUAAACAUGGAUAUACCCCUGCUCAUUGGGUAGCCCUGGAUGGCAACGUUGAAAUGAUGAGGUAUUUGGUGGAAAGAAACGCGCCUGUUGAUUUACCAUGUUUGGGGACUCAAGGACCCCGCCCUAUCCACUGGGCCUGCAGAAAAGGACAUGUGGCAGUCGUUCAAGUCCUCCUUCAAUCCGGAGUGGCAGUGAAUGCAGCAGAUUUCAAGGGACUUACCCCGCUCAUGACAGCUUGUAUGUAUGGUAGAACAGCUACGGCCGCCUUCUUACUAGGAAUGGGUGCUUUGAACCAUUUGACCGAUAUCAAUGGAGACACAGCUCUUCACUGGGCAGCUUACAAAGGUCAUGCAGAUUUGAUGCGAUUACUAAUGUAUAGCGGAGUCGAUCUACAGAAAACAGAUAAUUUCGGAUCAACCCCUUUACAUUUGGCCUGUCUAUCGGGGAAUAUGUCAUGUGUUCGAAUUCUUUGUGAGAAGAGUAAUUUGGAGUUAGAGCCUCGAGAUAAGAACGGGAAGACUCCGAUAAUGUUGGCUCAAAGUCACAGGCAUAAUGACGUGGUUAAAUUGCUGUGUAAUGAAGUGAAAAAGAAGAGCCGAUGGAUUCCACCUCUUUCAGAAAUUUGGGGUUGGUUGUUUGGAGGAGCUGGAGAUUCGAAGGGACCGCUGUUGUUGUUUUUAUUUUCAGUGUUAUUGUGGGGAUAUCCUAUGUAUAUGAUUAGGUGUAUACCAAUUACUUGGAACAUCCUGCGCCGGUCCCAUUAUUGUUUCAUCUACUGGAAUGCAGUCAUGUGGAUUAGUUGGGUGAUUGCGAACCGUCGGGAUCCGGGAUACAUUCCCUUAAACUCGGACACCUACUACAGAGCUAUCAAGCAGAUUCCAUAUUUCGAUAAAUGGAAGAAAAGAAAUGUUAUCCUCACGCGACUAUGUCACAGUUGCCGUUGCUUGAGACCUUUGCGAGCCAAACACUGUAGAGUUUGCAACCGAUGCGUAUCCUACUUCGACCAUCAUUGUCCGUUCAUAUACAAUUGUGUAGGACUAAGGAAUCGAAUGUGGUUCUUCCUAUUCGUCCUGUCGGUAGCUAUCAACUGUACAUUUACAAUAUACUUCGCAUGCUAUUGUGUUAUGAUCGAAGGAUUCACCUUGCUCUAUGUCCUGGGACUAUUGGAGGCAAUUCUAUUCUGUGGCCUUGGAUGGAUACUAACGUGUACCUCGAUACUUCAUGCAUGCAUGAAUCUUACCACCAAUGAAAUGUUCAACUACAAACGAUAUCCUUAUUUACGGGACAAGCGUGGUCGCUACCAGAACCCAUUUUCCCGGGGAGUAGCUCUAAAUCUUUUUGAAUUUUUCGUGUGUUGGCCGGACAGGAAUGAUGAGACGGAUUUUCUUCUGGACGAGCCCAUUUGAAAGCGCGAAAAAAUACGAGCUACACGAAGACUUUGUUAGAAGCAAACGCCCUCUUGAUAGUAAAGUCGAUUUUCAAGAAAAUGCCAGCGACCCCCCACUGUCUGGUACCGGCGCAUUUUUUUCAUUGCAAAUAACCAGUUGGUGAUCAUUGAGAUAUCAUCGCAUGAGAGAAUUCCGCCAUUGUUGCUACGUUUUCCGCUUUAUUUUCGAGUGCACAUAAAAAUUUGAAAUAAAGCUUUGACAUUGAUUAA